AUGCUGAGGACCGCGAUGGGAAAUGCCUCCUCUGCACAGUCCCCCGAGCUCUGGAAGAACUCCUCCCGGCUGAUGAUAGAAGUCGCCUCUGAGCUUCUCAAAAACAGCGACGUCAGAGAACAAGCUGGAAGACCUGGUUGGAGUCUUAUUGCUGACGAGUUUGAUACAGAUCGCAUCCAGCGGGCUUUCGCUGAGAUGCUUAUCACUGCUGUAACUCUCGAUUGGGAUGAAGACCUGCAGCCGUACUGUCCUAGACGAACAAUAAAGGAAGUCAUCUACCGUGCUGUGAUGGAACAGACAUCGAACUCUGUAGCUCGGACAGCCUAA